GAGGCAAGUUUCAACUUUGCUUUGCUUGUGAGAAGCCUUCGUGAAAGGAGGGAACGUAGAUUGUUUUCUUGAAUUGACUGUGUUUGUUCUUUAGUGUACAGAAUCAAAGGAACGAUCUGAGUUCACUUUGACAAGCACAAUUGGUAUCCUUUCAACGUCUCAAUCUUGGGGAGUUUGCGCCGCUGUUUGCCUUCCUGUCGUGCUCGAUUUCCCGUCCGCUGGGCUGGUGUCUCCUUUCUGUUAUCGUUGAAAGCUGCUGGCUUGUUGUAAAUUGCAUCCUCGUCGAUCUGGAAAGGUGUCAAAACUGCGUGAUCGACUCUGAAUGAUGUGAACGGGGUGCUUCACAGCCAGUGGAGCAGCAGGCCUGAAGCAAGCAGCAUUCUGUUGUUCUGUCACAGCACAAGGAGUGACGCACACUUCCCCGGAAUCUGGUCGAUUUGUCUGGGAGAAACUUGUGUAAGUUUCGUUUUCUAGUGAAUUGCUUGGCAGACAUUUCUUGACUUUGCUGAGGCCCAUUGUAACCUGCUAUUCUAGUUUGGACGAAGCAUCCGGGACAAAAACUCUUUGCUUUUCGACUGCUGUUAUUGAAAAGCGAGGUGGAACGAUCGAACAACUCCAUUGUAAGCUUAAUUAGAAGACAUAUCCCACGAGUCUUCGAUUUCGAGAGCUGUAUAAUAUUUUAAACGUAAAUAGAGCUUAACUUUUCGUAAAUCAGUUUUCAUCAUGGCAGACGCCGCGAUUAGGAAGGAAGAGCAGCAAUCGUUGCAUUCGCCUGACUCCAUGGAUUUUAUCGCAAUCGCUGAUUUUUCGGAUAUUUCUGUCAAAGACCUUACUUUGCUUAUGGAGCACAGAGGACAAGAAGCAAGAGAUUACUUAAAUUCAACGUUUGGAGGAUUGGAUAAGCUUAUCCAUAAGCUGCACACAUCAUCGGAGAGGGGAAUUGGUGGCUUUCCGGAGGACUUAGAGAAUCGCAAGAAAGUGUUCGGUGCUAAUUAUAUUCCUCCAAAACCCCCUAAGACCUUUCUCCAGUUUCUUCUCGAUGCUCUCAAGGAUACAAUUCUUAUAAUUCUGAUGAUUGCAGCAAUCGUAUCGCUUUUGUUAGGAAUAUUUGCACCCGAAGAUUGCGAGGGUUCAGAAGACAACACCGGAUGGAUCGAUGGAUUUGCCAUCAUCGUUGCUGUGAUCAUAGUAGCAUUAGUCACUGCAGUGAACGAUUAUCAAAAAGAGCAGCAAUUUCGUGGCUUGCAAAGUAAAAUCGAAGGUGAGCACAAGUUUACAGUUGUGAGACAUGGAGAACCCAUUGAAGUACUUAACAGUGAAAUUGUGGUAGGUGACCUUUGCCAGGUGAAAUAUGGUGAUUUAUUGCCUGCUGAUGGUGUUAUUGUCCAGUGUAACGACCUAAAAGUUGAUGAAAGUUCUCUGACUGGUGAAUCAGAUCUUGUUAAGAAAGGAGACAAAGAUCCACUUGUACUGGCUGGCACGCAUGUCAUGGAAGGUAGUGGUAAGAUGGUGGUUGCCGCAGUUGGGGUGAAUUCCCAGACAGGAAUAAUCUUUUCAUUACUAGGAACACAUGGUGAGAAGGAGGGAGACAAACCAGAUGGCAAAGAGGAAGCGCCACCCCAGUCACCGUCAAUAAAAGCCAGUCAGGAUGAGUUUGAGGAGAUCAACCUUGAUGAGGAAAAGGAUUCUGAUACAAAUGGCAAGGAUAAAAAAGAUAAACAGGAGAAGUCUGUACUUCAGGGGAAGUUGACCAAGCUGGCAGUUAGUAUCGGUUGGAUUGGUGUGGGUGCCGCUCUCCUGACAAUUAUUGUGAUGGUUUUACAGUUCAGCAUUAGAAAGUAUGUUAACGAGAAAGCUUCCUGGCAGAAUCAGCAUUUGAAUGCUUAUGUCAAUGCAUUUAUUACUGGUCUGACUGUGUUAGUUGUUGCUGUUCCAGAGGGUCUGCCACUGGCAGUAACUAUUUCAUUGGCCUACUCUGUAAAGAAAAUGUUGGAUGACAAUAACUUAGUCCGGCAUCUUGAUGCUUGUGAGACCAUGGGAAACGCAACUGCCAUCUGCUCUGAUAAGACUGGAACUCUCACCACUAAUCGGAUGACUGUAGUUCAGAGUUAUUUAGCUGACAAUCAUUACAAAGACGUGCCAAAACAAGGAGAGCUACCGCAGACUCUAGUUGAAUUGUUGUGUAAAGGAAUAGCAAUAAACAGUAGCUACGCCUCCAAUAUAUUGCCUUCAGAGACACCUGAUGGUCUUCCCACCCAAGUUGGAAACAAAACAGAAGGUGCAUUACUGGGUUUUGUCCUUGAAAUUGGUGAAACAUACCAAGACUACAGAGAUAACAAUCCAGAGUCAAGCUUUGUCAAAGUUUACACCUUCAACUCUGCAAGGAAAUCCAUGACCACUGCUGUGCGUCUUCCCGGAGGAGGAUUUCGCAUAUAUUCCAAGGGUGCAUCUGAGAUAAUUUUGAGCCGCUGUACGUCAAUUAUUGGCAAAGAUGGUGAAAUCAGGCCAUUUACAGCUGCUGAUUCUGAGAAGAUGGUGAGAGAUGUGAUUGAGCCAAUGGCAUCUGAUGGUCUGAGAACCAUUAGUCUUGCUUACAGGGAUUUUCCUGCUAAUGGAGUCCCCCCUGAAAAAGCAGGAGAAGCCAGUGCAGAGAGUGAGCCAGACUGGGAAAAUGAAGGUGAAAUCUUAUCUCACUUGACAUGUAUUGGAGUUGUUGGUAUUGAAGAUCCAGUCAGACCAGAGGUACCAGAUGCCAUCCUAAAGUGUCAGCGUGCAGGAAUUGUGGUGCGCAUGGUUACUGGUGAUAAUGUAAACACUGCAAGAUCUAUUGCUCUUAAGUGUGGAAUUCUGCAAGUAAACAGUGAGUUCCUUGUUCUGGAAGGCAAGGAGUUUAACAAGCGCAUCCGAGAUUCCUCCGGCAAGGUAAGUCAGAAGAAGUUGGAUGAAUUGUGGCCCAAGUUACGUGUUCUGGCGCGUUCUUCACCACAGGACAAAUACACUCUUGUAAAGGGGAUUAUUGACAGCAAGCUCAAUCCAACACGGGAGAUUGUAGCAGUUACUGGUGACGGUACCAAUGAUGGUCCGGCACUGAAGAAAGCUGAUGUUGGUUUUGCUAUGGGCAUUGCUGGAACAGAUGUUGCUAAAGAGGCAUCUGACAUCAUUCUUACUGAUGACAACUUUAGAAGUAUUGUUAAGGCCGUCAUGUGGGGGCGUAAUGUUUAUGACAGUAUCUCAAAGUUUUUGCAGUUUCAGCUUACUGUAAACUUGGUUGCCAUUGUGGUUGCAUUUAUUGGUGCAUGUGUUGUUCAGGUAAGCCCUCUAACUGGAACACAGCUUCUGUGGGUAAACCUCAUCAUGGACUCAUUUGCGUCCCUGGCCCUUGCUACAGAACCCCCAACAGAAGAUCUGUUACAACGGAAACCAUAUGGCCGCACCAAACCACUCAUCUCACGAACCAUGAUAAGAAAUAUCCUUGGUCAUGCCAUCUAUCAGCUGAUAGUCCUCUUCAUCCUUGUCUUCAUGGCAGAUGACUUAUUUGACAUUGAAGAUGGUUACUUAGAAACGACACGCUGUAAGCCCACAGUUCAUUCAAGUAUAGUGUUCAAUACAUUUGUCAUGAUGCAGCUCUUCAAUGAAAUCAACUCGCGUAAAGUACAUGGGGAGAGAAAUGUUUUUGCUGGCAUCACCCAUAACCCUGUGUUUCUUAUUAUCAUGGCUGGAACAUUUGUUGUGCAGAUACUUAUUAUUGAGUUGACCGGGAAAGCUUUCCAUGUAAAAGGCCUCGGCUGGGAAGAAUGGAUGUGGUGUAUCUUCCUAGGAUUUUCUGAGCUGGUGUGGGGACAGCUUGUCCUUACAAUUCCCAAAAACUCAUUCCCUAAACUCUGUCGUUUUGGCACAAAAGAACUUCCUCUUGCUACGAUUGUAGAACCUGAUGGACCAAAGGACAGCAAAGCUCGUCUACUUUGGAUACGUGGCCUGACAAGAUUACAGCAUCAAAUUCGUGUGGUCAAUGCAUUCAGGAGCGUUAUUGAUGGUCGUAGUCAGCGAGCCAUUGCAUCUCCUGCAGUGUUCAAUUCCUUGCUAGCUCCUGUACGUACGGCAAUGGUGUAUGAUGAUUCUCAGUAUCCUUCUGCCAUGGAUGGCACUGAUACUGGAGCUGGCACAAUACCGCGGUAUGCAAGUGUGGAAAGCUCUGUCUAAAACUCUUAAGCAAAACAUGAAAGAAAGUAAUCUCGAUAGUGUCUAAUUUUAAUGUUGUAAUUUGUAACAUGAUUGAAGAUAUUAUAAAAACAGAGGUAAAUAUACAUGUGAGUGUGUUUAAAAGUUCUGUGAGUUGGUCCUGACAAUAACACAGUCAUCAAGGUCAUCUGGAACUCAUGUUUUUUAUGGUUACUCCUAGGAACCAAAAACAAAAUUUCAGGGUGGGCUUAAGUUACUCUGCACUAGAAUAAAGCUGAUCUUUCCUGUAUUCAGUCAUCUAAUGCACACCUACGUCUACAUACACCAGACACUAUUGUGAGCCUUACACUUUUCUUCUGUUGGUCAUCAAUCACUCUUGUCAGCCUUUGUAGUAGAGUAAUUAUGCUCGUAAUUAUUGACCCUGAGGUAAAAUAAAACAAUCUUUAAUUAACAUUUUCUUAAUCUAUGCAGGUGAUCAUGAUUGCUAUGGAAGUCCCUGCAGGCAGCUUAAAUUCUCCUCUCCUAUUUUAACCCUUUUGAUGUUCAAAGUAGUUAUGUAGGAACAGACUAAUGUAAUCCACUGAUGAGUGGACUGAAAUGAAUUCUUUCUUUAGCUAACACCUUACAUGUAAGUAGUGACUUAAAAACUUAGAUGCCAAUUAGUGAGAUGCAAAUUUUGUAGGUUUUGUUUUCCAUUGCUAUUUAUUUAUUGGAUGAAAAAUUGUUUCGAGUCUACUAUAUUGUAAGUGGGCUGAUAUCUAAUCAAAAUUACCUUUUUGCAUAUGUAAAUUAGGCUGAUUUGCCUUUUUUGUCCCUGUGGAUUUCUUUCUGAUUCUAUUAAGAUUACAGUAGACCUUCAAGUGAUGAUUUUUGUGGAAAAAGUUUACAACAACAAAACCACUGAUUACAAGUUUAUUUGCAUUUUCCAAAUCAAAUUAUUUUAAAAACUUGAAACUUAGUCUCCUGUAUUUCUGUUGGCUCAGUUAUGCCCACUGGGUAACUGCAGUAUCCACAGUGGCAUUUCACACAGUAAAGGUGUAAAAUGGUUAUAAAAUGUUUGAAGUGAAAAUAGGGACUUCAUUUAUUCAUUAUUAUUUACUCUUCCCUAAAUGAAUUUGUUUUUAUCGACUGUGAAUUUGAUUGAUUACCACAUAAUUUUUUUCUGAAGAUUCCCAAGACAUCUUGGAAAAAAAAAAAAAAAGUUGAUGGAUUUUUUAGAAAAUAAGAUAUCUCACAGUGACCUUGGUCAUAACACAUAUCGCUAAAUUUUUGACAGCCAAAUUUGACAGAGAAACCGCAAAGUGACCAAGAAGAGUAUCAAUAGAACUUCAAAUGUAUGAAGAAGGUUUUGAACAAUAGCCUCUUGUGAUUUAUGUAGAGUAGUAGUCUUGCUUGUGCAACCAAAUUCAAUACCCAAUAAAUUUUUCUUGAAAUAGUAGGCUGAUGUUACAACUGUAGAUAAUUAAUGUUACUCGGUCCAGCCACUGUAUCUUGGACUGGCCAUCAGUAAUUCCAGCUCCAGCUUUUUUUUAAUCAGUUUUGUUUUGUGGGUAUGUUUAUGACUUUACACCAAUCUCUUCACACACCGUGCUGUGGAUUUUUAUCCUUUUCUAGAAUGCAAAACUAGAAUCUUUCAAUUUAAUUUUUUGUAGAUAUCUUUGCUUGAUCUUGGAAAAUGCUUUCUCACCUGGCAAAAUAAUACUCUGCAUAUCCUAACAGUGAAGUGACGCUUUAGUUUUGAAGACUUUUUUAAGACAAAAGAAAUAUACAUUUUUGUCAUUGUAGGUAUAUAUUAUUCAAGGUAUAAAAUAAUUUCUUCAUUAAUUGGUAUUGAAAAAAUUCCUUUUAACUGAAUUUCGAUUUGCUCACCACUUACUGGCUCACAUUUGUGGAUAUCUAUGGUUUGUACAGCCCUUCAUAAGUCCCUUCAAAUGGAAAAAUCAGUUCUCUGCUUAAAAACUGUUGAAUCUUUGCUAGCAGUCCUUGUAUUUUUGAGGGAAAAUGGCAUUAGUUUGCCACCAAAAAACUGACAGGGACAGCAGUGAACAUGAAUAUAAGGCGAGAAGAAAUCUCAGAAAGGUUGUAACUGGACGAGAUAGUGUCACUCAUCUAAGCAAUACUCUCUCAUGAUGACUGCGUUUAAAGCCCUUUCAAGUUUUGUCAUUACUCCCUUGCCAUCAAUAUUGUUGUUUAGAAGGUUGCCUAUAGGAGAAUCUUUGCUGACGUCAGUGUUUACAUUUUUCCUCAUUAACAUACGACUUUGCACAGAGAAGGCAUCACGUUAGACACGAAUUGACUACAAACAUUUACAGAGCUUGUAGAACUCAGUAAUUGAUGGAAAUUUGUGGUUCGUUGGGUGUAAUAUUCAAGGAGAAAUUGCCUUU